UCCAUUAUGACCAGCGCCGGACACAACACACACCUAACCAUUAGCCACACGGCCUCCACGUCUAGUCCGGGCAGUGAUGUCCAGCACCAACACCCGCACCAUCAGCACAACAGCAAACGCCAGCGACGGCUCACCAGCGCUGAUGAUAAUAACGAUGCGGACAAGAGUUCCAGUGAUUUGCAAUAUUACGCUCAGUCGUGGCAAACGGCCGCCGAUAUGGACCACGUGUCCGGCACUCCGCCUCACCUCCACAUAUCGCCACACGUGAAGAUCAAACAGGAAUCGGUUCCCGGAGUGAACCAACACUACCACUGCUCACAAUCACCUAAAGAGAUGUCUAAUAAAUCGAUGUCUGAUUCGCAUCACAGGGAAGGUAUGGCAAAUCAACUAAAAGACUCGUAUAUAUCUCACUCACACUCACCGGUGCUGAACGUGACCACAUCGUCGGGCGGCAUAUCUAUCGGUCAGCUAUCGUCACAAAAUGCCUACUAUUCUCUGCCGCCGGGAAAAUACCAGGAAAACGGAGACACACUCUCGGACUUUGUGAACCUCGUCUGUCAGGAGGCACAGAAUAAUGGCGCCGGACCUCAGGGUUCGGUGAGUGAUAUGGAUCCGAACCGGAGUCCAAAGCAAAUGAAUUCGUCGCACCCGCACCACAACCCGCACCAUCACAACCCCCACCACCAGCCGUCGCACCAUUACUAUAACACAUCGAUAUCAAUGCUGCCGCCGCCACCGCCCGCCCCAAUGGCUCGACCCGUUCCUAUCAUUAGAUCGCCGAUCGAGUCGUGUUCGCCCGAAAUGGUCAUCCAAUCGUCGCCGAGUCCGCCGAUGAGCGCCAGAGGGCUGCCCAACGGCGCCCACGACGGCGGCCCGGGUUCGGUGGCCAGCGUUGUCGUACACCACGUGAGGGGCGAUCACAACAACAACAACGGCGAUGAUAUACGGGUGUCGUCACCGCAGACCAGUGUCUCAGCGAUGAAUGUGUGCGACAGUAUUGUGUCGCCGAUCAACCGAUCUGUGAUGAACAGCCCCUACACGACACUCGGCCGACACGACCAUUCAUUCGCUCACGUCUCACAUCACUCGGUCUCUCAGCUGUUUACAUAUCCGCCAAUGAGUCAAGUGGGGGCGAUGUCGGGUGUGAUCAGUCCGACCAAUUUGACCAUGUUCACGUCGCCGGUCACAACGCCCCGGUCCACCCCGCGUACGACACCAAUACCCCGAUGGAAUACGGGUGCCUCGAGUUUCAUGCCUUUGGACGAGAAUCUAGACUACGGAAUGAUGGCCGGACUCAUGCCUAGCGGUGCCACUGAUGUCGAUCCGCCGCAUAUUAUUGGCGCCGAAGACCGAUUCUUUUCUGUGGUUCACAGUCCCGAUGACGGGACAGUCGGCCCAAACCUAUCGCAUGUAAAUACGGGCUCCGGUUCUGGUGGCGGUCCCGGUAGUGCUGGUUCUGGUUCUACACCGCCCACGCCUACUAAAUCUGUGCCCAAUUGAGUCAUCACUCAUUGAGUUUAAUUAAUUUAAUUACAUUUUUAAAUUUCUGUUUUAUUCUUACUCUUUGUUUGUUAAAAAAGGAAACUUUAAAAAACACAUUGAAUUCAAUUCAAUGAAAAUGAAUUUCUAUGAAAAGACAAUGAAAUGCCUGAAAAACACGAAAUGAUUUUAAGGAUGUAUCAAAUGAUGAGAAUAUGAUAUACAAUACUAUUUUUGCUCAUUUGCUCAACACUUUUGCUGACAUUUUAUUCUCGGAGAGAGUUUUUCUCUCUCUUCCUUUUUCUUCACUUCUAUC